AUGGUGGACGGCGGCCGGAUCUCCCCUCCUCUGAAUGACUUCGCUCUAGGGAGAGUGGAUAUUGCGCGCCUGAAUUAUGGCAUCAUUUCUCUCAUCCCAAAGGUUAAAGGGGCAGACUCCAUCAAACAAUAUCGACCUAUUGCCCUUAUUAAUGUCAUUUUCAAGUUCAUAGCGAAAGCUUAUGCGACUAGACUGACACCGAUAGCUCAUAGGACGAUAGACAGGAGCCAGACUGCCUUCAUCAAAGGGCGCUGUCUGCACGAGGGAGUGCUAGCCCUGCACGAGAUUGCUCAUGAGUUACGCUGUAAGAAGCUAAAGGGCUUGCUUCUUAAGCUGGACUUCGAGAAAGCAUAUGACAGGGUGAACUGGGAGUUCCUUCGAGAGGUGCUGCUGAGGAAGGGCUUCUCAGCGGGUGUGGUACACAGGCUGAUGCAACUUGUCUCGGGAGGACAGACGGCGAUUAACAUCAAUGGUGAGGUCGGCCCCUAUUUUAGGAACGCCAGGGGGGUGCGUCAGGGUGACCCACUCUCACCCAUCCUAUUCGACUUCAUGGUCGAUGCAUUAGCAGCCAUCCUAACCAGGGCUAAAGAAAAUGGCCACAUCCAAGGAGUGAUCAACUUUAACAAGAGCGAGGCGGUCGUCACGGGGGUUGAUGACACUGAGAAGCUAAGGGUAGCUGACUCGCUGAACUGCAAUUUGGGCUCCCUCCCGAUGAAGUACCUCGGCCUACCUGUGUCGGAUAAGACACUGUCGGUAGCCGAGUGGCACUUCCUGACGGAGAAGGUGGGACAUAGGGUUGACCCAUGGCAGGGGCUGUUUCUGGCUUCAGCUGGGAGGCUUGAACUGACUAACUCAUGCCUCUCGAGCCUCCCGAUGUUCGCAAUGGGGAUUUACCUCCUCCAUGAGACGACACACCGGGAAAUGAAUAAGUCCAGAGCUCGAUUCCUAUGGGAAGGAGUGGGCAACAAGAGGAAAUACCAUAUGGUUGACUGGGCCACAGGGGCAGAGGGUCUUUGGGCAGAUCUAAUUAGAGCCAAGUACCUGGGAGAUAAUGAUCUCUUCUCCCCGCUGGUGCCAACCAAAGGUUCCCAAUUUUGGAAUGCCAUACAAAAGAUAAAGUGGUAUUUCAAACUGGGAGCAAGACACAAAGUCGCAGACGGGAGGCGCACUUACUUUUGGUUGGACUGGUGGACGGGGAGGGGUCCCCUUAGGGACAUGUUCCCUCGCCUCUUCCAGUGCUGCGAUAACCCCUUUGCCACGGUGGCGGGGGUGCGGGAGGCCAACGGGUGGCGUAUCCGCUUUAGGAGGACUUUUGGUCUCGCGGAAACGGUGGAGUGGGAGAACCUAUGCAGGAUCUUCGACCUCCACCCUUACUCUGCAGGGGAAGAUGAGGUCAAAUGGUCCUUGGAGGCAUCGGGGGAUUUCUCCACCAGGUCCAUCUAUGGACGACUAACGCAGGGAGCGGUAGUGACCCACUUCAAGGAGGUCUGGAAGACGAGGGUACCACCAAGGAUUAAGAUCUUCCUGUGGCAACUCAUCGGGAGCAAACUGCCAUCUGGGGUUCAGGUGGCCAAACGUAAUGGUCCUACCAACGGGGCUUGUGCCCUAUGUGGGGAACAGGAGGACUGCGACCACAUCUUCUUUUCAUGUCACCUUGCAAAGCUGAUGUGGGCGGGAGCUAGGGAGCUCUUGCACUGCGAUUGGAAUCCGGCGGGGGCUGGACACUUCAUUGGUAUCGUCCAGAAUCUAUCGGGGUCCUUACGUAGGCUAGCCUGGUUCACAUUUGCGGCUCAGUGUUGGGCGCUGUGGAACAUUAGGAACAAAUUAGCUAUGGAAGGGAAAACAAUUAACAACCCCGCUGAUGCUUUCUUCCACAUGAUUACGUACAUGCAGAGGUGGAGGGUCCUUGUAAGGCCAAGGGACCGAGAGAUGCUGGACGUGCUGAUGGGCGAGCUUAGGGGCCUACAGACGAGACUUCGAGCAGGAGCCUGA